CGCUGAACAAAAGCACAGCCUUCCUUCGACCUUUGAUCAUGGUCCGCCAACUGUAAUGUCUGCUCUUUUGUGAACACCCGACGACUGCAGCCCUCGCAAGCCUGCGACUUCCACCUUGAAUAGAAUUCUAUACACGCUGUCUUCACAACGAGGCUCUUGGGAGCAUCUACAAGCUGCUGCAUGACAGCCAUCGACGGAAUCCAGAGCCUCAUUACCCACUCAACCCAUUGCGAAGCUCUACUUUGAUCGAGGCCUCCUGAAAGCGACCGCCAGGGCGAAAGCCUGUACACAACGAUGUUGCGAUCGGCGUCGCGUGCUCUGCGCCAACAGAGGCUUCUGAUUGCUAGCAUUGCACCUCGCAUGAUGGCUGGAACAAGUAAGGUGCACACCUUCUCCGCCGUGCAGCCUCCGUUACUAGGAACACAGCCCACAGACGCAUUCCAGCUGGCAAAAGAGUCGGAGAAGCCAGAUCUCGAGCAGCAGAUAUUUGACACACAAGUGAAGCAGGUGAAAGAGUGGUGGGCAAGUCCAAGGUACAAGGGCAUCAAGCGACCUUACACGCCCGAAGAUGUUGUGAGCAAGCGUGGCACAUUGCAACAGGUCUACCCCUCCAGCUUGAUGGCGAGGAAGCUCUUUAACCUGCUAGAAGAGCGUGCUGCGGAGGGAAAGCCAGUCCACACAAUGGGCGCCAUCGAUCCAAUCCAGAUGACGCAGCAGGCACAGCACCAGGAAGUGCUUUAUGUCUCGGGCUGGGCAUGUUCUUCUGUCCUCACGACUACGAAUGAAGUCAGUCCUGACUUUGGCGACUAUCCGUACAACACCGUGCCCAACCAAGUACAGCGACUAUUCAAAGCCCAACAGCUGCACGAUCGACGGCAUUACGAUGCAAGACUUUCGAUGACUCUCGAGCAAAGAAAGCAAACGCCCUAUGUGGAUUACCUUCGACCAAUCAUUGCAGAUGGUGAUACCGGUCAUGGCGGUCUCAGCGCGGUCCUCAAGCUUGCGAAGCUCUUCGCCGAGAAUGGUGCAGCUGCGGUGCACUUCGAGGAUCAGCUUCAUGGCGGUAAGAAGUGCGGUCACUUGGCUGGCAAAGUCCUCGUGCCCGUGGGCGACCACAUCAACAGGCUAGUAGCGGCGAGAUACCAAUGGGACCUGAUGGGUUCUGAGAAUCUGGUAAUUGCUCGGACUGAUAGCGAGAGUGGCAAGCUGCUUUCGUCCGCGAUCGAUGCUAGAGACCACGAGUUCAUCUUGGGCGCGACUGACGAUGUCGAACCUCUGGCAGAGACACUCCAGAUCAUGGAGACCGAAGGCGCCUCAGGUCCCGAGAUUGACGCUUUUGAGGCGCAGUGGGUCAAAAAGCACAACCUCGUCACGUUCGAUGAAGCCGCGGAGGCGCACAUCAAAUCGCAAGGAAGGGACGCGCAAGCAUAUCUGAAGCAGACCCGCGACAACAGGAAUAUGCCGCUGCACAAGCGACGACAAGCUGCGGCUCAAGUGGCAGGGUCACCUGUGACAUUCAGCUGGGACACGCCACGAACACGAGAAGGUUUCUACCAUUACAGAGCCGGCAUUCCCGCGGCCGUCAAGCGUGCGAUCGAGUUUGGACCAUACGCAGAUCUUCUCUGGCUGGAAACAAAGGACCCAAGCGUGAAAGAGGCUGCAAGCUUUGCGAGGCAGAUCCGCGAAGUCCAUGCCGGCAAGAAGCUGGUAUACAACUUAUCGCCCAGCUUCAAUUGGUCCGCACAUGGCUUCAGUGACCAAGACCUGAAGAACUUCAUCUGGGAUCUCGCCGGACACGGCUUCACUCUGCAGCUCAUAUCUUUGGCGGGUCUACACAGCACUGCCACGAUCUCGCACGAGCUGGCGAAGGCUUACAGGACCGAGGGCAUGAAGGCAUAUGUAGAGAUUGUGCAGAGGAGAGAGAAGGAGGUGGGCACUGAUGUUCUCACGCAUCAGAAGUGGUCCGGCGCGACGUAUCUGGAUGGCAUUAUCGGGGCCAUACAGGCUGGCAGCAGCGGGAGCAGGAGCAUGGGCGAAGGGAAUACCGAAGGGCAGUUCUAGAAGUACAUGUAGUAUGAACAAUUGUACAGAUUUUGGAACUGGU